AUGAGCAGUACAAUGCACACAAAUACCCCUAGUUCAUGGCAGAAGCGUGCUGGUCGCCAGAAACAGCAGGCCAAUAGUAGACUUGGUUCAUGGUUCGUUAGCAAGUUUACAAGCAAGAACAAGAUGCUGCGCGAGCACGAUGAGGAGACCGCACAGAAUCUCCGCCGUCGGCCUGUUGGCAAGCUCAGCGCGGUAACUAACCAGCAACAAGCUAACGCUGCGCGACGAGAUGAGCUCAGUCGUCCUAAACCCAUGCGUCAGAAGAGUUUCUUGCGCCAGCAGCUCCAAGAAAUGAAGCGGCAAUCAGCAGAAGCGCUUUUGCGUGCACAGAAGCGGAUGGACGGUGAAAUAGCAGCAGUGAGUGAAGAAGAUGAUCUUGACAGCAAAUCAUCAUAUUAUAAUGAGGAAGAAGUGCAAGUGGUCGAUGACUCAGAAGACGCUCUGCGUGAAAGUCUUCGUAGUAAUCCAGCGUCCUCAAGGAGAUCCAGCACAUGCUCACGGCGCCGCAGUGCUGCCGAAGAGAAGCAGGAACGAGAUGAUGAAAUGUUAGCUCAUGAGACGCAGCGACAUGAGUACUCAGAGGAGGUGAAUAGGCGCAUGAGUCAGGCUACACAACUUUAUGCCGAAGCAAUCAACGCUUUGGACUUUGCGCUACAUCCUAAGCGACAACCAGAGAUUGAACCAUCUUCAAGACCGCUUCUUCUUGGCGUCAAGCAAGGCAACGCGAACAUGCCCAGAAGUGAAUGGGUCUGA